AUGGUUUACAAGCCAAAAGUGUACGUGAUCGGCGUCGGGAUGACCAAGUUCGAGAAGCCCGGUCGCAGGGAGGACUUUGAUUAUCCGCAAAUGGCGAAGGAGGCGGUGACCAAGGCCCUGCAGGAUGCGCAGGUACCCUACAACAGCGUUAAAGCCGUCUGCGUUGGAUACGUGUACGGUGACUCGACCUGCGGCCAAAGGGCGGUCUACGAGGUCGGCCUCAGUGGCUGUCCCAUUUACAAUGUCAACAACAACUGCUCCACCGGCUCCACCGCUCUCUAUCUUGGCAAGCAGAUCGUCGAGAGCGGCAACGCGGAUUGCGUCCUGGCGCUUGGCUUCGAAAAGAUGGAGCGUGGCUCUCUGAUGUCCAAGUAUAUGGAUCGCACAAAUCCUAUGGAUAAGCAUGUCGAGCUCAUGGCGGAUAUCGCAGGCCUUUCCGAGGGUCCCAUCACCGCCCAACUCUUCGGCAAUGCCGGGAUCGAGCAUAUGAAGAAAUACGGCACGAAGCCUGAGCACUUUGCAAAGAUCGCGUAUAAGAACCAUCUGCAUUCCACGAACAAUCCAUAUUCUCAAUUCCAAGAGAAAUAUACCUUCCAGCAAAUAAUGAGUUCUCCCAAGGUAUUUGGACCGUUGACCAAGCUCCAGUGUUGUCCCACUUCCGACGGGGCGGCAUCUGUCGUUCUAGCCAAUGAGGAGUUCGUUCGUAAGCAUCGCUUGGAAUCGCAGGCCGUCGAAAUCCUGGCUAUGGAAAUGUCCACUGACCUGUCCACGACAUUUAACACUAAAUCGUGCAUGAAUAUUGUCGGAUAUGACAUGACGAGAAACGCAGCCGAGAAAGUCUUUUCAUCGAUUAACUACAGGCCAAGCGACGUGGACGUGGUGGAGCUGCACGACUGCUUCUCCAUAAAUGAGUUGAUCACUUAUGAAGCCUUGGGAUUGUGUCCUCCCGGUUACGGUGGCAAGAUGGUGGACGCCGGAGACAAUACCUACGGUGGCAAGUAUGUCGUAAACCCGAGCGGCGGUUUGAUUUCGAAGGGACAUCCUCUGGGCGCUACAGGAUUAGCGCAGUGCGCUGAACUUACUUGGCAACUUCGCGGUGAGGCCGGCAAGAGGCAAGUGCAGGGCGCGAAAUUGGCGCUUCAGCACAACAUAGGUCUGGGCGGUGCGGUUAUCGUGGCUCUCUACCGCUUGGGCUUUCCGAGACAAGGGGUGAUCAGGAAAAACGUGAAUGUUGCCGCUGAUUCGAGCAUAUUCCAAGCGGACGUGCUGUUUAAAACGCUGGCAAUCGCGAUGGAGGAAGACGAUGAGAAUUUGAUCGAGAAAAUGCGCGGGGUUUACGGAUUUAAAGUCAUAAACGGUCCCGGAGGCGCCGAAGGAUUUUGGGUUGUAAACGCAAAAACGGGCAAAGGCAAAGUCGAGUAUAACAGCAAAAUCAAACCCGACGUAACAUUCACGAUCAGCGACACCGACAUCGUCGAUUUUAUUUCUGGAAAAUUGAAUCCGCAAAAGGCUUUCUUCCAAGGGAAGGUCAAGAUUCAAGGGAACAUGGGGCUUGCUAUGAAAUUGCCUGAUUUGCAGAAACGCGCUGCCAAAAAGAUCGAGCUGCUUCGCUCAAGAUUGUAAGAUGUCAAAAAGUGAAAUUUGUUAAGAUAGCAUAUACGGAACAAAACACGUCUCUGUCUCUUUCGCGCGCUCUAUCUUUCCUUGUCUAUCUGGCUAUUAAACAUGACAAUUUAAACAUGAUAAUUACGAUAUGUAAUCUAGUGUGUUAUGAGAUUCAGAUUUCUGAUAAAGUUUCAGCCGGAAAUAAACAGACGAUAAAAACAGCCUUGUAUGUAUAUAUAUUGGUGAUACAAGAAUUAUUCUAUAAAAUUAAUUGAUAAUAAAAUUAUUUCAUAUUCUCGUGCAUGAUGUCCGCAUGCGAUAGUCUUGAUACUUUAUACUGUACAAAUGUACAGUCACUGAAAUGAAUGAAAUGAUAUUCAGAACAUAGUAGUACAGAAGUUUUUCAAUUUAAUAUCUUCAUCUUGUAGUCAACUUUUAGAAUAUGUAUCUCGUAUUGAAACACUGUAAAUUUAUGCAAAUUUAAAACUUCCGAGGACGUAUUGAUAUUCACUUAAGGGGGGAGGUUGGUUGCGUCAUGUUGCGGGGCAGGCAGCGGGCAGGGGAAAGCCUAUAGUUGUGUUUUCGUCGCGUGAAAUAAAUGAGUUUUAGCAAAAAAGUUUUAGUAAAAAUAAAACAGCAUAUUGCAACAUUUCAACAAGGAUAACGUAUUUAGGUUUUAAUUGUACAAACAAUGAUUUAAAACCUUGAAAAACAGCUAAUUAAAUUAUGUAAAACGCAUUUAAUUAGCUGUUUUUCAAGGUUUUAAAUCAUUGUUUGUACAAUUGAAACCCAAAUACGUUAUCCACGUUGAAAUGUUGCAAUAUGCUGUUUUAUUUUUACAAUUUCUUGAUAAUUAUGUAGAGAAAUCAUUUCAGUCUUCGUAAAAGUCCUUCCUAAAUAUUGUAAGAACCAACCUCCUUAAACAUCAACCUUUGCAGAAAACGAUAGUUGCACGCAAAUGAAGAAAAUAACUUGCACAAUAUAUAAGUAUAGUUUUUUUCAUGGGACAAGUGAUAUAAACAUUUUAAAUGGUCUCUAUAAUGUGUACAUUUGUACUUUUAAAUACAAAAUAUAACGUUUUAUAUAUAAUUAUAUAUAAAUAAUCUCAACAGCUCAUCAUUUAGCUGUGGUAAAUAGUAGUAAAAUGUUCUCAAUUAAAUCCAGAGCAAUUAUAUGCGUAUCUCUCUAGACGCAAAGAUUACGCGUUUUUACAUUCCGAUUAAGGAAUGAGGGUCACUGGUACUGUAUCGUACUUUGCUUGUAAAUCGAAUCGCAUAUAAACUAUAUUUUACAACUUUCGAAUACUAUCGAUCAGCCAUAUAUUGUUGCAAGAAGUAUAAUGUAAUUGGAUUGUCUAAGGUGUAAUUAUACACUGUUAUACGAACGCAGUUAUAUAAAUGCAGUAAAUGCACCAUAAGCAGCAUAAAUGAAUUAUAUUUAUACUUAUAAUUUUUUUUAUUUUUUAGAAUAACUUUUCAAAUAUCUUGUCAAUCUUGUGUGAAAAGCGAAAUUUCGUACGUGGAACUUGGAUCGUUUAAUAUCACUUCUAUAAAGAGGUGUAAUAAACGUAUAAGAGUCAUAGUGUAAAUAAUAUCAAGUAAAUACAAAAAUUAAUUAUUUAAAAAAUUUAAGAUUUGUGUUGGAGUAAAGUAGUUUUUUUUAUGAAAUUUAUUUUUCAUUGAAGAAUUUACACUUUUUACUUUACAUUCCGUAAUCGCGAGAUUCUUAAGAAUUCUAAUUAUUACAUACAAUAUACAUAUAUUAUGAAAAUAAAGUCACGCAAUAUGAGCACGAAUAGAAAGUUUCAAGACUUUGAAUUAUUCUCUUUGAGAGAAAUUAACUUCCAAAAAUGUGCAAUGCGCCUCAGUUGUAUUUUAAGGUGAUUAGUAAGGGUAAAUAACUUGAGAUAUGCAAAAUAUUAAAAUUUCGCAUUCGGCAAGUUAGUCGCUUAUCAUGAUGUAUUAUAAAAUAGAGAUGUAUCAUAUAUGUAUAAAUAUAUUAUAUACCAUGUUUAUACAAUUUUAUACUACGUGGCGGAGAUGGGUGAAAUGUAUGGUGUAUUAAUAAAAGUUAAUAAAAAUGA